GAAAUGAGCCUUCUUAGAGUUACUCCUUCAGCGCGGAGUUCCGCUGCAUCUCGACUCCUAAGGCUUGGCAUCUUUCUGCUCCUCAGCCUUCCAGACUCAAAGGGAAAAGCCAUUUGGACGGCCCACCUGAAUAUCACAUUCCAGGUGGGAAACCGGAUCAUAUCAGAACUGGGAGAGAGUGGCGUGUUCGGGAACCAUUCUCCUCUGGAGAGGGUGGCAGGUGCGGUGGGCUUCCCCGAAGGAUGGAAUCAGAAUGCUUGUAAUCCACUGACCAAUUUCAGCAGGCCCGAGCAGGCUGAGUCCUGGCUGGCCCUCAUUGAGCGUGGCGGCUGCACCUUCACCCACAAAAUCAAUGUGGCAGCAGAGAAGGGAGCAAAUGGGGUGAUCAUCUAUAACUAUCCAGGUACGGGCAACAAAGUGUUCCCCAUGUCUCACCAGGGGACAGACAAUAUAGUCGCCGUGAUGAUAGGCAACUUGAAGGGCAUGGAACUCUUGCACCUGAUUCAGAAAGGUGUGUACGUGACGAUCAUAAUUGAGGUGGGGCGGAUGCACAUGCCGUGGCUGAGCCACUAUGUCAUGUCGCUCUUCACCUUCCUGGCGGCCACCUUUGUCUACCUCUUCCUGUACUGCGCCUGGAGACCCAGGGCGCCCAGCUCGUCCAGUCGCAGGAGAAGACAGAUCAAAGCGGAGGUGAAGAGAGCGAUUGGUCAGCUGCCCGUGCGAGUGAUCAGAGAGGGUGAUAAGGAGCUCGAUCCAGACAAAGACAAUUGCGUGAUUUGCUUUGAUGUCUACAAACCCCAGGACACGGUGCGUAUUUUAAACUGCAAGCACUUCUUCCACAAGGCCUGCAUUGACCCCUGGCUUUUAGCCCAUAAGACAUGCCCCAUGUGCAAGUGCGACAUUCUGAAGACCUAG